GGAAAAUGAAAGGAAUGCUUGUGGCUGCGUGAGUUUUGCGAUUCAGUGCCAGGGGUUGCGUGGGUGUUUGUUGGAGCUUUCAUGACAAGUGGAAGCGGAAACGUUGAUAUUUGAUUCUCCAGCCAAUCAGAGACUUUUGUUUAGUGUGUGGGUCUGUUCCGACUAUAGAGCUGGACUACAGUAUAUAUUGACCUCGACUUUGGGUACAGAAACAGUCAAAGACAUCGGAAGAAAAGCAGCCGAUAAAAAAAAAUCCGCUUGGCUUCUGAGAGAACCUCUCUACAAGACACCAUGAAGACGCUGGCUCUGCUCUCCAUCUGUGCUCUUCUGUCGGUGUGCUGGUCCAUGGGAGCUGUAGAACCCGAGGUCAUCGUGGAUCCUGCUGCUGACACGGCCGCCGACCCCGCAGCCGAUGCAGCUCCCGUUUCUUCGUCUUCUUCCUCAUCUGAGUCUGAUUCAGCUUCAUCCUCCGCAUCCGACUCUGCAUCCGACUCGGCCUCUGACUCCGCGUCUGACUCUUCGGCCUCUGAUUCAACGUCAGAGUCCUCCUCCUCCUCUGAGUCCACCGAGUCGUCCGAGUCCUCCUCCGCCGAAUCCUCAGAAUCCUCCUCCUCAGAAUCCUCCUCCUCUGAAUCCAACUCCUCAGCCUCUGACUCCUCAGCGUCUGACUCUGCUGCCUCUUCAUCUUCCUCCUCCUCCUCCUCAUCCUCCUCAGAGUCAGCCAGUGCUGAAGAUUCCCAUGUGGUUAUGAAGAGAGACCUGGCUUCGGUUAUUCUCAGGAGAAGAAGAGCUGUCCAAGGCAAGCUCAGCCCCCUGCAGCUGGAAAGCUUGAAAGAGGUGUGUGAGCUGAAUGUUGCCUGUGAUGACAUGGCUGACACCGAAGGCAUCGUGGCAGCGUACACCGCCUUCUACGGACCAGUCCCUUUCUAAGUUAAAUAGCACUCUAUCAUCCACUUUUGGACAUUUUUUUUUUUGUGCCUUCUGUUAGCAAUAACAAUGAGACAACUCUCUCAAAAAAAAUGGAAAGAGCAGAGCUAUCUUCUGAAUUUAUAAGCUGCCUAACAUUGCAUGCAUGGACAGCUGCAGUGGGCCUGUAUGUUGAGGCUCUCCUUCAGGCUUUCUGAAAAAGGCACAUGGAAACACAAGCCUGUGAACGAUGUAAAACCCCACCCAAGUGUAAAUGAUUCUUUUGUCCUUUAGAGUUCUACAAUGAAUGGUGCUACAAUAUGAAAUGUACUGUGUGUUAAUGUUUUUUUUUUGUUUUGUUUUUUGUACAUUGUGCUUUAUUUUUUACUUAACCAGCGGUUCUAAUGAGUAGUGGAUGUAGGAAUUAGCUGAUUUUGGUUGUGUGCAAUAGGUGUAAAAAAAACACACAUCAGCAGUCUGUAAUAACCACAAACUGCCUCUUGGUUGGAAAAAUAAUAAAUUAUUUUGGGGAUUUUUCAAA